AUGCUUGUGAACGCCAAGAAAUAUCUUUCCGAUCGACCACAACUGUUAGAUUGUCCACGUUGUAAGAACCACGGCGAAACGGAGAUAACCUUCGUCAACGGUUUCGGCACCUACCUCGCGUUCUUCUUCCUUCUCCUCGCCGGCAUCUUGAUCUUCCCACUUUUUGCCCUUUGGGUUCCAUUCUGCGUCGAUACAUUCAAAGACGCCGAACACUAUUGUCCAUCAUGCCGCGCCUGGAUCGGAACGUACAGACGUGUGGGAAAAUCCACCUAA